GUCGAGGCCUCCAAUGGCGAGCAACGUGGAUGAGGAGGCGCUGCACCAGCUGUACCUGUGGGUAGACAACAUCCCUCUGUCCCGACCCAAGCGAAACCUCUCUCGGGACUUCAGUGACGGAGUCCUGGUUGCAGAGGUCAUCAAGUUUUACUUCCCCAAGAUGGUGGAGAUGCACAAUUAUGUCCCUGCCAACUCCCUCCAGCAGAAGCUCAGCAACUGGGGUCAUCUGAACAGGAAGGUGCUGAACAAGCUGAACUUCUCAGUCCCGGAGGACGUGAUGCGCAAGAUUGCCCAGUGUGCCCCGGGCGUGGUGGAGCUGGUGCUCAUCCCACUCAGGCAGCGCCUGGAGGAGCGGCAGAGACGAAGGAAGCAGGGCUCUGGCUCCCUGCAGGAGCUGGCUCCCCAAGAUGGCAGUGGCUACAUGGAUGUGGGUUUGUCCCAGAAGGCCCAAAGGGAGAGUGUCCCAGACCCUGAAGCAGGAGCACAGCUCAGGGGGAACCAGCCGCCUGUGCCCCGGCCUCUAGGGCAUAGCCAAGUGCUACAGGGCAACCCAAACUUCAUCCUCCAAAUUGCUGAAAAGGACCAGGAGUUGUUGGCCUCACAGGAGACCGUGCAGGUCCUGCAGAUGAAGGUGAGGCGCUUGGAGCACCUGCUGCAGCUCAAGAAUGUGCGCAUAGAGGACCUCUCCCGCAGGCUGCAGCAGGCUGAGCGGAAACAGCGGAGAAUGGAAUGCUUUCCAGAGCCCAGAAGCCACAUGCGGAGACCUGGCAAGCCCCCCAAAGCAGUGCCCGGCACCUGGGGCCCCUCCUUGGUGCUUCCGGCACUGGGCCUUGGGGGGCAGGCCCCUGGUUCCAUCCACAACCCUAGAACCUGGUCCCCGCAGAGCUCUGAGGACAAGAGCCUCUCCAUCCAGGAUAGCUCUCGCUGCCCUCGGCGAUGGGUGAAGCAGCCCCCUGCAGCUGACCGGCCUCCUUGCCGCUCCAGGGUGGUCACCUGUGACCCAGCUUGGGACUGGCGGCCACAGAAGCUGGAGAGGAAGGGGUGAGGAGUGGGAUCAGCCCAGAAGAGGGGCAACUUAAGAUGUGCCUGUACCGACGGCCUUCCCUGCCUGGGGGCGUGUCCUGUGGGUAGCGUCUGGGGGAUAUGACACAGGGCUGCCCCCAUUAAAGUUGUUGUG